AUGUUGGCUAUUGCAUUUCUUGCGCUUACUGCAGUCCUUCCCCGUGUGUCUGGACACUCUGGUGAGCAUGGUUUCUUGUCCAGGACGAUGUCGUUGAUUGCUAAACUUCCAACAGCCUUUUGGCAUCCUAGCAUGUUCGGCUUCAACGUGACGGACAAGACUUUUCCUUACGAUAAUAGGCCCGUUACGCCUAUCAAGAACAUGAAUUUUACAGAGUGGUGGUUCCACAACCAUCUUGACUAUCCCCCGAACCCAGGAGACAUUUUCGAGCUCCCCGCUGGCAAACCCGCGACGGCACAAAUUGCGUGCAACAAAGGCGCCACUGAUUUCUUCGCCUCUUCUGAAGGAGGAGAUAUCCGGGAUCCCAAUAACAUGGACGACCCAUGCCCCCACUCCCCAACCACCGCUUACCAUACCAAUGGAUUUGACGAUCUCGAGGGGUGCGCCCUGGCUAUCGCAUACAAGAACGACGCAAGAGCUGUGCAACCGGAGGACUUUACCGUGUUUAGCGUGAAUCACACUUGCGUUUGGACGAGACACACAGAUUUCCAGGUACCGGCUCGCAUGCCUCCCUGCCCCGAAGGUGGUUGUAUCUGUGCCUUCUUCUGGAUACACUCUCCUUUGAGUGGCGGCGAAGAGAAUUACAUGAAUGGAUUCAGGUGCAACGUCACUGGCUCUACUUCCAACGCACCAGUGGCGCAGUCUAAAUUGCCCCGUCGCUGCGGAAUAGAUCUGCCCAACAAGAAGCUGCAGGACGUCCCUGCCAACUGCACCUACGGUGCGAAGCAGCCCUUCUACUGGUUCAACAACGAGCGCAACAAUAUGUUCGAGGGCACGUACUCGCCCCCGGUCUACAACGACCUAUACAACUUCAUCGACGGUGCCCAGGAGGACAUCUUUGUCGACUCCUAUACCCACAUUCCUGACCCCGCGCCGAACGCUGCUCUACCCAAUCUUGCUCAUGUCGCCGCCAACGUCCCAUUGCCGACCAUCAACAUCACCGUCCCACAGGUUGCGCCAUUUGGUGCUGAUGGAGAGUCGUAUGUCGGAAAGCCCAAUAUGGGCGAGAGCCAUGUCACUGCUAACAUUCGUUUGAGGAGGAGGAUGAACAGGAAUAGGAUGCAUAGGAGAGUCAAGCGUAGCAAUAUGUGGUGA